ACGCGACGUAACGCGGACGUCAUGUUGCCUGUGUGAGUGACUGUGUAGUGGGGCUGCAGCCCGUACGUUCGAAAAUAGAAAACGGAAAAAUUGACCCCCAGAUGGGAGUUUACGAAGAGAGGGGAGCGAUGCACUGGCAACAGAGCGAGCGGUAUCUAUCCUCGGCAUACGAAGGGGGCUCGGAGCUCUCGCCAGUCGCACCCGCCACCUCACCCGGUUCACCUCGUGACUGCACCUCGUGUAGGAAGCGGGAACCCCCGGAUGAGCCCCCAGCGAACCCCCCCGAGGACGCCUGUGCAGGCUGCGGUGCCAGAAUAACAGACAGAUACUACCUGCUCGCCCUGGAGCGUCGCUGGCACACCCCCUGCCUCCGCUGCUGCGAGUGCAAGAUGCCGCUCGACUCCGAACAGAAGUGCUACGCGCGCGACAGUAAUAUAUUCUGCAAGAAUGACUAUGUUAGGUUAUACGGUUCGAAGCGGUGUGCGCGAUGCAACACGCCCAUCUCGGCCUCGGAGCUGGUGAUGCGCGCGAGGGACCUGGUCUUCCACGUGCACUGCUUCUCCUGUGCACUAUGUAGCACACGACUGACGAAGGGCGACACGUUCGGCAUCCGAGAUUCGGCUGUAUACUGCAGGCUACACUACGAAACGAUGCCGGACUACGGCCCGCAUAUGGCCGUGACGGGACCACCGCAGAUGUGUCCCGGUCCCUACGGGGGACCACCUCAAGGUUCCCACUACUCACCUUACCCUUCACCGGAGUUUGCUCGAGUGGAACCUGACAUACCCAAGGGUCCGUUCUUCAACGGGGCGGUAGCGCCACCGCCCCGACAGAAGGGGCGCCCUCGGAAAAAGAAGCCCAAAGACCAAGACCUCAUGUCCGCUAACCUUGGUGUGGUUCCAGAACGCGCGGGCCAAGUGGCGGCGAAUGGUGACGAAGCAGGAAAACAAGAUGGCGGAGAAAUGCUCGCCGGACGCGUCCAUGGAGAUGGACAUGUACCAUGGGCCGAUGGGCUCCAUCCAGUCGCUGCCUCCCCACAGUCCGCCCUACAGCGUCAUGGGGGGGCCGCCCAGCCCCAACUCCAUGGACUGUCCGUAGCCCCAGUUUUGCGCCUUAUGAGCGCUCUGCGGCUGAACAUUGUGAGUGAGCCCGCACGGACGCAGCCGGCCUGCGCAUAUCCGAGUGUUGUGAGUGUAUAGAAAUGGACACCGUAUUUAUCUUCGAAACAUUUCAGUUUUCAUAUUAAUAAAUUAUUGUCAUAUUCCUACAUGUAGCGAUAUAAUAAUCAUUAGAGUAAAGUCCGUUUCCGCAAGCCUACUAGGCCAGUUGUAAUAGGCUCAGAAUUUUUUGUAUCCGUCCAUUUACAAGAUGCUUUUGUAGUUCUUGUUUCGGACUGGACUAAUAACAGUGAUAUUUAUAAAUAAUAAUAGGUAUAAUUGGCUUAAUUAUUAGUAGCACCGUUCUACAUCACCCUGUA